AGAGGCAAGCCCAAACAACGAGUUCCGGUUCCUGCCUCUUCCUCUUCCGGCACGAUCCGCCCGGGAAGCAUAGCCGACAUGGCGCUUCGAUGGCUGCGGCUGAGGUCGUGCGGCCAUAAAGGGCUAUCGCCGAGCUGCCUGGUUGGUUCGGGGCCGCCCGGCUCCUUCGCGGAAGGGAACACCAGGCACUGCUCAGGAAAUGCAGCCCUUCAGAAAAAUUCCCCUAACCUUGAAGUUGCUGAAGGAAGUAUUUGUCUUCCAAGAAAGAAAACCUGGGAUAAAUUAGCAGUUCUUCAAGCACUUGCAUCAACUGUAAACAGGGAUCCAACAGCUGCUCACUACAUGUUUCAAGAUGACCCUUAUCUUAUUCCUAGAACCAGGAUUGAGUUUAAUUUAUAUUCCUUAUCAAAAGAAUCUGGGAAAAAUGCCGCCAUGUACGUUAUUAACAGACAUCCUAAAUUUUUUGAGAAGGACAUCGCAGAACCUCACAUACCGUGUCUCAUGCCAGAAAUGUUGGUAGUGCAACCUGAAGAAGUGAGUGAGGAUGCACUUAAAAAUCAAAUCCAUCUCAGAAAAGUACGCGCUUCUGUGGAUAUGUAUGAUCAACUCCUGCAGGCAGGAACUUCUAUAUCUCUGGAGACAUCCAACAGUCUUCUGGAUCUCUUAUGCUUUUAUGGAGAUAGAGAGCCUGAACAGCAGAACUGUCAGGAAGAUAACAGGACGUUGGAAGGACUGGCGGAAGGUCCAGAAAAAAGAAAUAAAAGGGGCAGCUUGCACAAUAACUCUGGGAGCCGUGGCGUUAAGUGGAGGGAGAACAAUAAUGCAGAAAGAAUAUUUAACCUAAUGCCAGAAAAAAAUGCACAUUCCUAUUGUACGAUGAUCAGAGGAAUGGUGAAGCAUGGAGCAUAUAAAAAUGCUUUUGACAUGUACACUGACUUGUUGAAUAAUAGGCUUAAGGCUGAUGUGUACACCUUCAAUGCGUUGAUUUCAGCAGCUAAAGAAGUGAAGGAAAAAUACACCGAGAGAUGGGAACUUGUUGAAGACUUGCUGAAGCAGAUGGCUCAACAGAACAUACAGCCAAAUCUACUAACUUUUAAUUCUGUCCUGAAGAUGCUAUGGUGGUGUGGUUCUUUAGGCAGGACUAUGGCCCUUUGCACCCUGAGGGAGAUGAAGGCACUAAAUAUAGAACCUAGUCUUGCAACAUUUGACCAUCUUCUUGGCAUAUUUUAUAAAACAGGCAUAUCUGCUCAAAGCCCAUCAGAAAUUAUCUAUGAGGUAAUAGAUGAGAUUCAGGGAAAGAGUUUUUACCCUCAGGACCCAGAUGACGCCAACUUCUUUACAAAUGCUAUGAGAAUAUGCCUGGACCUGAAGGAUGUUCAGCUUGCCUAUAAGCUACAUAGCAUGGUGGAGACGGCAGAGAAUAGGAAAAUGCUGGGAGACAUGGGCCAGCAGACUUCUUACUGUGGAAGGUUUUUUAACUUGUUGUGCAUGAUGGAACAGCUUGAUGUUGUAAUGAAGUGGUAUAAAGAACUGGUUCCUUCAAUGUUUUACCCAAACUCUCAAGUGAUGCUGAAUGUUCUUCAGGCAUUGGACAUGGCGAACCAUUUGGAAAUGAUUCCCCAGAUUUGGAAAGAUAUGAAGCAGCUUGGACAUGGCCAUAGACCUGAGUUAUUGGAGGAGAUUCUGGCUCUCAUGGCAAGAGACUCACAGUCUCCAGAGACACAAGUGGCGUUCGCUGAUUGUGCUGCAAAUAUAAAAUCAAUCAAUGAGGUACAAGAAAAAAGACCCUUCAGAUGGACAGCCACUACUCUGGAUAACUGCACCUUAUUAUUUGCCAGGGCUGGUAGAACGCAAGAAACCUGGAAAAUGCUGGAGCUUUUUAAAAAUCACAGCCGAAUCCCCAGUGAUCUGGUGAUGGAUGAGGUCUUGAACUGCAUUAAGCAAAGCAACCAGCCAAGUCAAGCACUUGACCUAAUAAAGUUUGCUGCAGACUUCAGUUUACAAUCAACUUCACAGCUUGCCAGGAGAGCUCUGGAAGAAUUUCAGCUCUCUGAAGAGCAGAGGAAGGUUCUGGCUGGUAUGACUGCAGAAAACACUGACCGCAGUGAUGAAGAAUAGUUGCCCAAAAGAGCCUCUUUUUUCCUGAAGAAAAGGACAGUCCCUCUGCUCUAGCAUGUGGGAGUCAAAGUAGCUGUCCUCAGCUUUGCCUGGUGUAGUUGCUAGAGUGAUGCUGGCCAUCCAGGCUCAAGUAGCAGAAGGGUAUGCAGCCUCUGGCCUGUGUUGGGGGAUUUGUUCCCUUCCCAUACUGCUUCAGUGUGGAACAUAGAAGGCAGUGCAAAGGACAGUAAUUGUAGCAUCUCCACAAAAUUGUUAAACAUGAAUUAGCUGUAAUACA